GACCAAGAUACAAUAAUGUAUUACCACCACCUAAUCCUACCAGUAAUAAUAAUAUUCAUCCACCUCAUCUUCCGCCCCUAAACCUACCAAAAAAACUCGAAAAUCAGCCACAGUCACAUACGUCAUCUACAUCUUCGUCUCCAGAACCCACAAGUCAUUGUCAUCAAGUACAACCAUCUGAGAAUAAUAAUGAUGAGGAUAAUGAGACAAAGCGCGUCAAAACACUUGAGGAAAAACGAGCCAUUCGCUUAGAACGAAACCGUAUCGCAGCUAAAGAGUGUCGCGAAAGAAAAAAAGCCUAUGUCUUAAAUUUAGAACGUAGAGCUACUCAAAUGGAAAAAGAGAAUUCGGUUUUACGUAAAAGAGUUCACGAAUUAAAAGCUCAAUUGGAAUGGGCUGAAUCAAAAACUGUUGGCCCUGUUGAAAAUGGCCAAUUAGAAGCUUUGGUAAGAGAAUUGAAAGAAAGGGUAAAAAAAAUGGAGAAUGGUGAGGAUUCUAAUAUUGUUUUUGGCAAGAUGGAAGUUGAAGAAUUAGUUGAAGAAUGGCAACCAGAACCACUUGUACCAACUAUUACGGAAAAUCAACGUGUGGAAUUGGAAAAAUUUCCGAUCUUAAAUGGGUAA